GGGAGGUCAGUAUGGCGAGGGGCUGCCAGCGUCGCCAUGGACGGCUCCACCUCCUGCAUCCUUCACCGCCUCCCUGACGAGCUCCUCCUCAGGAUACUCUCCUGUGACUGUAUUACAGUCCACGACCUGGCCACCGCUGCGGCUUCCUGCUCCAGACUCAGGAAUAUCGUGGAGACGCAGAGGCUGUGGCGUGUGAAGGUUAAGUCCCACUGGCCUAAAGUAUGGGACGAACUCCCAUGUAAACACGAAGUCGUCGACUGGCAUGAUGAAGUGAAACAAUUGAUGUGCUUUAGUAAACAAGUACGAAAAUUAGUUUCUGGCCUGAGCCCUCGUCUGUACCAAGACUUGCACCUCACGGCAAACUUACAUCUUACUACACCUGUCUACAAUGAAGUGGAUGCACUUGUUGCAUCAACCAACUAUGCUCCCUAUUAUGUUCUUAAUGCAUUAAGAAUGAUUGUAGAAGAUGGAGAACAACACCCGUGGGAACCAUCAAGGUCCGAUCCACAAGAACAGCAGCAGCAGCAGCAGCAGCAGGCUAUUCAGCCAAGACCUAAUUGGCAGCGGGUGUUGCCAGUGUUGACCUCAUCCCGCCGUGCUAUAAGAUAUGAAAACAUGACGGAGAAGUACUAUGCUUUAAAGGUAAUGAGUCAUGUUCAUCAAGGAAUAUGCAUACGUGAAUGGGAGGAGUUUAUGGCACGGCCACCAGCUCAGCAGUCUUUGGAAACAGGUGCAAUACUUAUGGCAAGAUGGUUCCAACCACAUGCAGAUGUUAGCGUAAAGCAGGUGACAAGUCAGAUUGAUGAUAUAGCAAAGGAAUGUCUUAAGGAGCUUCGUGUCAAUCACUCGGACCAUCCAAUGCUCUCGGCUGCACUAAUUCUGCCCAGCCAAAUCCUACAAGAAUCCAAAUGGUCACCAGAGAGGUGUAGACAACUCUUCAAGUGCAUCAACCAUGUGUUGUUUACUCAGAUGAAAAUGACUGGAAACAGUGAAGAUUAUUACAACCUCAAAAACUCUCUCAUAAAUGAAGUACUUAGUACAAAAAAAGGAAUUCCUAUCACCAUGUGCAUAAUAUACAUGGCUGUAUGUCAUCGACUGGGCCUGCAUUUGGAGCCUGUUAACUAUCCUUCUCAUUUUGUCAUCAGAUGGAAAAUACCAGGAACAUAUGAGUAUGAAUAUAUAGAUGCAUUCAAUAAGGGCCAACGCCCUAUUGCUAAAGUGCUUCGGGGAGAGAUGCCAGAAGGUGUUGGACUAGAUCAGAUGCCCCUGACAUCAUGUGGGCCAAUGCAAGUAUUUCAUCGGAUGAUCAGAAACAUUAUGAGUGUUGCCCAGAUGCAAGGUCAUAUCUUUGAACAUAUUGAACUUUUUUGUCCUGCUACAGAGCUGAUGAGUCUACUGAUCCCUGCUGAUCGUAGUGUCCAAGGAUUAUUACUAAGGAUAUACUACUCAUUAGAGGUUCACUAUGAUCGCAUUGUGACUGGGUGUCGACGUCUGCUGGCUCAAGAUGCCUCUCCAAUAUAUGAAGAAAUGUUGUCAGAAUGUGAGCAGAUAUUGAAAAAUCAGAGUGUAGCACCAAAACCCAUUGAGCCAAAUUUUAGAAGCAAAGAAAUUGCUUAUGCCACAGGACUAGUGAUGCAGCACAAGCGUUAUAACUAUACUUGUGUAAUAUUUGGAUGGGAUAAGGAGUGCAAGAUGCCACCUGAGUGGGUCCAUCGGAUGGGUGUGCAUAAUCUUCAAUACAAGACCAAGCAGCCCUUCUAUAAUGUUCUUGUCUAUGACGGCUCACACAGGUAUGCAGCUCAGGAGAAUUUAGAAGUGGCACUACAACCAACACCUGUUACUCAUGCAGAUGUUGGUAAGUAUUUUAAGGUGUUUACAGGCACGCACUACAUACCUAAUGCUGAACUGUUAAAGGAAUAUCCAGAAGAUGAGGCUGUGAGAAAUGUGAUCUUGAGAGCGAGAGGACUCUUGUAGCAUCUCUUCAGUACAAAAUAGUAGAAUACAGCAUACCAAUGCUAUAAUUUUAUACAAUUUUACUGUGAGAGAUUAGUUAUGCAUUGUAUUAUAAACUGUAGCCACAGUGUACUUGAACUAAGACUUAGCUGUAUUUAGCAUAAUCUUGUUGAGGUGUAAACAUCUUGUAUAAAUGGUUUAUACAAAUACAGUACUGAUAAUUAAUAAAUGAUGUAACCAUAAAUUUAACAUUGUGUAAAUAUAGUUUUGCAUGAGAAUGAAGUGCACUAAUCAAGGGAAAUAAUAACCCAAUAUUUUGAAAACAUGAGGAAAUAGAUAUCAGUCUACAUUUCCUCGUGUUUUCAAAAUAGGGGGUUAUUAUUUUCAUAGUUUUGCAUAUUGACAUGCAUUUUUGUCUUCGUCUCUGUCUGUCUUGGUUUGCGUGUCUCAAUCCACAACACGACUAAUUUGUGUUUUGAACUUAUUUGUGUGUUACCUCAUUUGCCUGCCCUUAACUGGAACAGACUUCCUAUAUCCACUUCUGUUUCCCUCUGCAUCCUAUAUGUUGUUCAUGUAUUCCCUUGGGUUCUUCUCUUAGUGUUAUUAGAAGAGUCCUCUUAAGCCUGUCCUCAGAGUUCAGUUCUUUUGUCUCUGGUGUUGGUAUUGUAGCAGUUCUCCGGAUUCUCAAGUUUUGUUCUUAUCCUACACAAGGAGGGGGUUUCAUGCUGAUGUUGCAAUUUCUAGGACUGGUCCAGCAUUUGCUGUGUAUAAUACUCAAGACAAUUCCUUAAUCGGAUGACUAAAUACUCUCCUUAUGUUUGGCAUUAGUUUCUAGGAGUAAUAUCUAAAUUAUGAAAUCAAUGUGGGAUAAGGAAAAUCUUAUCUAAAAUAUAUUGGAAUGUAAUCACUUGUCUUUCAGUACCAAAGAAAUUUGUUUACUAAUAAUUUUAGAAUUUAAAUGUUUGGAAUUGAAAUAUUUCUUGUAUAAUCAUGCAGAAGGUUCAUUACGGGGUUCAUCUUUUAUGGUCAAUCAGAAAGUCAAUUUAUGGUCAAUUUUAUGGUCGAUUCAUCAUUCAUUAAAUGCUGCCAGAAAGUAAAAAUUUAGAAGCAUGAAAUUAUUAAGGCACAUCGUAAUAUAGAUGAGCACAAGGAUAGUAAAUGAGUGUAAAAAUAGCAGCUGGAGGUAGUACUGUAGGCAGACAUUGAAAAGUAUAACUUGUGUAUUACUUUUUCAACUGCCACCAUUGCAAUGGCAUAUCAACUCGUAUACACAUGAGAUGUGCAAUGAAUAAUCUCGCUAUGAAUGACAGCUGUACAGCAGUUAUCAUAAUGAAAAAAUGUUUGUCUGAGCAAGGGCACAGUUGUAAAAUGUAAUUAAUUUUGAUAUACAGCUGUAUUUCAUUUUGAAUGUACUUAGUUUGUACGCAAAUUGUGCUCACAGAUUUGUUACUACUAGAGGUUACAGGAGUACAGGCUUCCUGACUUUUUUUUUCACAACUAAGCACUCUUUCCCAUAACUUAGUGAAGCCUAGCCCUAUUAGUUUCCCAAAAACUUGAUCCAUUGAUUGAUUCACAACCAGGUGUUCAGUCACUGCUGGGUAAAUAGGAGUACACAUUGAAGAAACUAUGCCCAAUUGUUCCUCCCUGGCCAUAGCUUGAACAUAAGUCAGUCUCACUUGUGAGGAGGGUUGUGUUAAGGCACUAAUCACGGCAGCAGAAGGUGCUUAUAUUGCAUAUAAGCCUGUGCCCAAAUUAAUGGAUUUAGUAGCACAGCUAUAUAUGAAGAUUUGUAAUAAACAAGAAAACUUAUUGUAAUAAGGAACUACAAGAUGUCAAGUUUGGAUCUUUGUGUGUUGGGGGGGAAGCUGUCUGUCUCCAGAACCUAGAGGUUAAUGUGCUCUUGUUUACAGUACCAAUAUAACCAUUUUUAAGCUGAGAAGUAAAUUUCUAGUCUUGUUCUGUGAAGGUUAAGGGGACACACAUUGUAGAAGUGAUCUAGCCUGUCUUCAGUGGGAAAGAAAAUAGAAACAAAUCAUCUGUGUCAUGUAGGUAGACCAAUAAAUAUUAGUUGCCGUCCACCUGUUGGUGCUACCCCACUUGUGCCUUCCAGUUUCAGUCAAAAUUUCUUAUCUAUGCAGUUCUAUCUUAUCCUGCACUGCAUUUUAUUAAUUGUAUCAUGCUUUUUCUUCCAGUUAUUCUCAUUUUGUCCUUCUAGCUUUUCCCACUAGAGACUUUCUCAUGUGUAUUAUAUGCUUCCUAAAGGAAAUCCUUUUACAUAUUCUUGCUUAGCAGUGCAAAUUUGUGGUUACCGCAGUGCAAGCAGUUGGCAACUUCUUCACUUACAUGAUAAUUAGACAAAUAUGUUGAACACUGCCAAAAAAGAAUGGAGAAGACUCAAAAUAAGGCUCUAGAAAAUGGUGUUUCUAGGGAGAACAAGGCAUAAUGAAUGAUAGCUUUGAUACUAUUCAGAUGCUUGGAAUGCAAAGGUACAUUCUGUGGGUGAAGGCAUUAUGGGCAAAACUGUACAAACAUAUGUAAAGGGGUGUCUUCAUUUUAUAACAUAUAUAAGGGUUUCUUGUUAUUGAAAUAUCAAUGAUAAAUAAGCCUUCAAAUAUUCCAGAUGUUGUUAUUUAAGUUUCAAAUACCAGAAAAUAAGUUUUGUGGAGGUUUCUCCAGUCUAUGAUAUAAAUAGGUAUUGUUCUGUUUAACGUGGGAAAAUAAAGAACUGGACCUUUGCCACUUGCAUAUGAAUGUCAUGUGAUAUUUUGUUUGUGUAUUUCAUGUCUUGGAUGCCACUGAUAAACCAGUAGACUAUUACUGUGAAGUUGAUGUCUUACAUUAUAAGAGAAGCAAGUUGCUACCCGGCUCAUGGUUGGUGCAUUCAGUGUAAUAAAAACUGAGAAGUGUGUGGAGGUGGAGCAACUGGCCAACAGUUACAAUUACUGUACUUAGCAUCUGCCUUCAUCACUUGGCCAUUUGUUUCUUCAGAAUUUUUGUUAUUUUGCUGUUUGUACUUCAAAGUAUUCUAAAAUUUUACCUUUUUAAGACCAUUUAUUUAACAUAAAUUAUAAGUGUGCUGAAAUUGAGUAAAUAUUCAGAGAAAAUUUAAACAAAUAAGGACAGGAAAUCUGUUUUAUCAGUUACAGUAAUAGUACCCCCACCCAGUUGCUUAUAGUAUUUUAUUUAUUAUUAAUAUGUAUGUAUGGCCAAAGGUUGUCAAGUAUGUUGCAAGUUUAGUAUCAAUAGUUUUACAUAUCAAGAUGUGUUUGAAACAGUGUUAAUGGUUUAAUUAAAAUGGCUCGAUUUAAAAAUUAUGGACUAGUCCCUUUCUUUGUUAAAGAUAGCUUAAUUAAUUGCCUCAUGUUGGGUAUUGGUUGAACUUCCCAGUAAGUUCAUUGCAUCUGUGAUGAGUUCUCUCUCAGAUUCUUUCAGUGAAUAAGUUUAGUCAGUUAAAACUGACCAUUCUGCAAUGAAUUAGAUACAGUAAUUACAUAAUGUUUCUGUGUAAGAGUGAAAGAGGUUGGCUGUCAUGAUGGCAAUCAUACUGAUGUUUUAUCAGUGUCUAGUCACCUUAGGUUAGAAUAGGUAUCAAGAGUAGGACAUUUUCAAGUGAAAAAAUGCUAUACAUUCUUUACAAUGAUUUGUUACCAUACUUUUGUUAUUGGAAUGUGAUUUAUUGCCUGUAUCCCAAGUUCAUGUUUCAAUAAGCUACCAUAACUCAUGUCAUUGGUUCAGUGAAUUAGCAGUUCUGCCUUUGUGAUGCAGUCUUCUGAAUAAUAAGCAUUUGGUAGUGUAUUACUACUGUUUGAAAUAACUUGCUUCCUGCAAUAUACAGGGUUUUCAACCUGUAUCAUUUUUACUGUCAUAAUGUUUGUUUAUAAAAACAUAAUACAGUAUAUAAUUUUGUCCAGAAACUGACCAUGUGUGUAUGUGUGUGUUUACUCUGUAACAAUAUAAAUUCAACCUUGUACAUUUUUAAGCUACUGUUUAUGAAAAUUUAUAUGUAUAUAAAUAUA